UAAUUUUAGGGUUUUAGCCACCCCACCAGAAUGGCUCUCUCUGCGCUCAAGUAAUAUUCGUGAAGAGUGGGGAAACAAAAAUCCGUAGUGGUAGUUGUAGGUAUCGGAAGAAGCAGCAGCAAUGGAUUUCAGUCCGCUCACGGACGCCUUAGCUUCCAAAUCGUAUGGAAAGAUCGCUGAUAUCUGUGAUGACCUCAUGCUCAAGGGUGCAGCAGAGAUGGAGGGGGUUCCGUUUGAGGAGGAGUGGCCUUUUGCUAUUCAUCUUCUUGCCCAUAUUUAUGUCAAUGAUACUAACAGCGCCAGAUUUCUGUGGAAAUCCAUACCUGCUGCGGUGAAAGAGAGGCAACCAGAAGUUGUUGCAGCUUGGGGAAUUGGUCAGAGGUUAUGGACGCGUGACUAUGCAGCCGUGCAUGAGGCUAUUCGUGCUUUUGAUUGGUCUCAACAAAUUCAACCUCUUGUUGCUGCUUUCUCAGAGGUUUACACCAAGAGGAUGUUUCAGCUUUUGCUUUCUGCUUAUUCAACUAUAAGCAUCCAAGAUACAGCUCUCUUUCUAGGAAUGAAUGAAGAUGAUGCCACAAGUUAUGUAUUGCAGCAAGGUUGGGUUGUGGAUCCUGAUUCUCGAAUGCUAAUUGUGAAAAAGCAGUCUGUUAAAACAGAGCAGAAACUGGAUUCCAGUAAACUACAGCGCUUGACAGAGUAUGUGUUUCACUUGGAGCAUUAAUAGAACUCAAAACGUUAUCAAACUUCUACUGAAAGUCUUCUUAUCAGAUCUCUAGUUGUAAUGAGAAAAAUAUUUUGAAGAUGUUGAGUACUUGAAUGUGCAUCAAGGAAGCUAAGCGAAUUGGUUUUUCUUUUAA